CCGCGUCGGGAGGACGAGGUCUGGGGCUCCUUUGCUGUCCCAGACGGAAACCGUGGAAACCGGGAGGCGGGGAGCUCCUUCCCCUGCUCCUCUGCUCCUCUGCAGUGACCUGGCCUCCCCGAGCUUGCCUCUUGGGCGCAACUGCUACUCUGUGCUAGAUGUCAUGGAAGGGCUGCUGUCAAGAUGCAGAGCACUGCCCACCCUGGCCACCUGCAGCCACCAGCUCUCUGGGUAUGUUCCUCACAGGUGUUACCACUGUGACCCCGAGAGAGGGAAGCGCUUGGUGUUAUCCCGCAUGUUCCAGCCCCAGAACCUUCGGGAAGACCAGGUGCUCUCUCUUGAGGGCAGAUCUGACGACCUGACCUGUAAGAGCCAGCGGCUGAUGCAGCAGGUAGGCCUCAUCUACCCGGCAAGCCCCGGCUGUUAUCACCUCCUGCCUUAUACCGUGCGUGCCAUGGAGAAGCUCCAGCGGGUGAUAGACCAGGAGAUGCAGGCCAUCGGGGGGCAGAAGGUCAACAUGCCCAGCCUCAGCCCAGCGGAGCUCUGGCGAGCCACCAACCGGUGGGACUUGAUGGGCAAGGAGCUGCUAAGACUUAGAGACCGACAUGGCAAGGAAUACUGCUUAGGACCCACUCACGAGGAAGCUGUCACAGCCCUGGUCGCCUCCCAGAAGACACUGUCUUACAGGCAGCUCCCAUUCCUGCUGUACCAGGUGACGAGGAAGUUUCGGGAUGAGCCCCGACCCCGCUUUGGUCUUCUCCGUGGCCGGGAGUUCUACAUGAAGGACAUGUACACCUUCGACUCCUCCCCAGAGGCUGCCCGGCAGACCUACGGCCUGGUGUGUGGGGCCUACAGUAGCCUGUUCCACAGGCUGGGGCUGCGGUGCAUCAGGGUCCAGGCGGACGUGGGCAGCAUCGGGGGCACUGCGUCCCAUGAGUUCCAGCUGCCGGCCGACAUCGGGGAGGACCGAUUUGCAGUCUGUCCCAGCUGCGGCUUCUCGGCCAACAUGGAGACACUGCUCUUGUCACAGACCGACUGCCCGGCCUGCCAGAGCCCACUGACCGAAGCCAGAGGCAUUGAGGUGGGGCACACGUUUUACCUGGGCACCAAGUACUCCUCCAUUUUCAAUGCUCAGUUCACUGACGCCCAAGGAAGACCGUGCCCGGCUGAGAUGGGCUGCUAUGGCCUGGGCGUGACUCGGAUACUGGCUGCUGCCAUUGAAGUGCUGUCCACGGAGGACUGCAUUCGCUGGCCCGGCCUCCUGGCACCUUACCAGGUGUGCCUCAUCCCCCCAAAGAAGGGCAGUAAGGAGGAGGCGGCCACUGAGCUCACAGGACACCUGUACGACCUCAUUACAGAGGCAGUGCCGCAGCUCCGUGGGGAGGUGCUGCUCGACGACAGGACCCAUCGAACCAUUGGAAACAGACUGAAAGAUGCCAACAAGUUUGGGUACCCCUUUGUGAUCAUUGCUGGCAAGAGGGCCCUGGAGGACCCUGCACAUUUUGAAGUUUGGAGCCAGAACACAGGGGAGGUAGUCUUCCUCACCAGAGAAGGAGUCACGGAAUUUCUGAGUCAAGUGCAGGUGGUCUGAAAGCCCCCGAGCCAGCGCCCCCCAUUCUGCAGCCUUGGCGUUCAUACUAGUGCUGCCUUUUCCUGUACUCCCUUCCAGGGCCACUCUCUCCAGAAACAAGGCAGCUCGCGGAAGAUGGGAGCGUGUUAGGGAAACCGACUUUUAUCCAGUCCUUUGUUCACACUAUUUAUAUUUGAAGUCGGUGGUUCCAUUCUCUGGACCGGCCAUACUGCCACAUACCAUUCCUCUAGUCCAUUGUGGAGGCUUCUGUUAGGAGGCAGAGGGGCAAGAAAGAGCUGCUCAUCUUGGCCCUCAAGUGAGUCACUUCCCUUCUCUCUGCCGAGGUUCCCACUGGGGGGAUGGCAGUGGCCGGUGGCCAAGGCCCUUCCAGCUCUAGCAGUCUGACCCCUGGCCUCUUGCUGCAUAUGGUGUGGACAGUAGGCGCACCAUCCCUCCUCCCCCUGGACACGUCCCUUCCCCUGCUGGGGCCUUGGACUCCCCAUCUGUGGCAUGAGAAGGUGGAACUAGAUCCAUAAGGUCCUUACAGCUAUCACUGGCAGGUUCCACAAGAGGUUCAGGACAGGCGGAUCUGGUUCCUCUCCUCCUCCAGAGUCUAAGCUACACGAAAGUUGAUAGAAUUAGCUAAUGGCUCAAAAACCACCUCCAGAGAGCUGGCUCUAUCGAGGCGGCUUAGCACAGAGAUGGUGUUACAUUGAUUGAAUAAAGUCAGACUCCUGGGAUGAGCCUUGCAUGCUAAGGUGGAACAGUGGUAAUGCCUGCCAUUUUAGCCGGCAGCGGCUUCCUAUCUGAGACUCUCCUUUCCUUUCUUUCUCUGUUAUUUCUGCAGUCCACUCAAAAAAAAUACACCCCACCUAUGGGGUGCUCCUGGACCUCUGCCUGCCCCUGCACUCUCCCGUUCCGCUUUGAUAGCAUAGAUUCUUGUCUGGCGCACACACAGCUCCUUGUUCAGUAGGCUCACCUCUUGUGGUUGACCGUCAGUUCCCUGAGGCCACCGUCCUAGGCCGAUACCCAGCAUACCACACUUCUGGUCACUGCCAGUUGUCCCACCUGCCGAACAGCUUCCUAGCGGCGUGUUACUGCUACGGCUGUUACUGCCCGAAUAGUGCACGCCUGAGCACACAGCAGCAGGUGUCCUGGUUAACAGGACGGGCCUCAGGCCUACCCUUGGCUCUCAGGGCCCAGCAUUCAGGCCAGGACAUGUGCAUUCUGAGAGCAAGCCUAGAGAGGUAGGAUUGUAAGUCAGGGGACCUUCCCCUCAGCUACACAUUGGUCCCACACAGUUCUGCUUAGGGCCUGGGGUGUGGCCUGUGCAUCAUGCAGUUUAAAGCUCUGUAGAUUAUUCUAACGCGCACAGUCGACUCAUGGUUCCCAGCAUACUUCUGGGCGGCAGCCGACCCUGAGCUGCUUUGUAGCCAGGCAUUUCUUUGAGUAAUGCCCUCUGUACGUCAUCAGACUGAUGGGAGCUUUCUGCUUUUAAUGGUCUGCCCAUUCAUUUGUUGAGGGCCUGCUGCACACCACUGUGCUGUGAGGCAUGUUCGUGUAUCAUGUUCAGACCUAAUGCUCUGCAAGGUGGGUGCUCUUCUCCUUUUACAGAUGAGGAACCUGAAGGUCCAUUCAGCAACUUCCUCGAGGAUGCGGAGCUACUGAGCAUCAGAGCUAGAAUCCGAGUAUUGACCAGCACAGCACCGUGCCAUUCCUGUUAGGACUGCAUGGCCUCUGCUCAGACAAAAGUGAUUCCAGUAAAUAAAACUGAAUUAUUUAUGUCUUAUCUAAUCACGUUAGCCUCAGCUAGAUGAGAAAUUAGAAUUUGUGUGGAUUGGUGCUUUAAUAUUUUUAAAAAUUUAAUUCUUAUUGACAUAUAGUUGGCACAUAGGGUGACAUCAGUCUCAGGUAUACACCGUAGUGACUCAAAAACUGUUACGCUGUGCUCACCACAAGGGUAGCUCCUGUCUGUCACCACAUGCUGUCACCAUACCAUUGACUAAAUUCCCUGUGCUGUGCGUGUUAUCCCAGUGUCCUCUUCGUUCCAUAACUGGAAGACUGUACCUCCCACUCCCCCUUUUUUAAUGUUAAAUUUGUGCUCCAUAAGCUGAUUUACGAAAGCUGGAAGGCUAGCCAAAUGUAAGCACUUUUUAAAACCAGAUUCCAGGAAUAGAGAACCGAUUAACUUUAAACUGUUCGUGAGUGUCCGAGGUACAAGAUGAUUUGAGGAUGAUACAGAAUCCUGGAAGUUUAGGACAGGAGGACUCGGAGCCCGCCUGUCCACCCCUCAUCUCACAGAUGGGAAGCAGGCCUGGAGUGGGAAUUAACCUGCCACACGGCAUCUGGCUGGCGGAACACCGGAUCGCAGGCCAAGUGCUGCGUCCCCUACAUCAGGCUACCUCCCGUCAGUCUUAUUGCAUCAAGAGAGGACUGGCUGGAUCAGCCUCUAAACUACAAAAGCCUUGUUGGUACUGUCCUUUAUUUUCCAAGGGAGACAAAUACAGGGAGUAUAGCGAUUGCCCAGCAGCACGCUGAGUUGAAACCCAAGUGUCCUGAUUCCUAAGCCAGCAUGUCUUCUAAGAAGCCGGGGGCAGAAGGAUACAGUGGAGAGAUCAGAGCCUGAAAGAAACAUAAUCCUAGACCCACCAUUUACCAGGGAUAGGAUCUUACACAAAUUCCUUGGCCUUUACGGGUCUCAGCUUCUUCAUCUGUAAGACAUGCUCCUGGCAGGGCAUCUCCCAGGGUAGUCUGGGGUUGCCUGAGCUUGCUUAUGUUAAGUACUUAACCCUGUGCUCCCAGGAAACACCUUCACGCCAGAGGUAGGCAAUGGCACUACGGGGAGCUCAGGUUCCGCUAGUAACGUAUCUUAAGACCGGUAUCUUGUCUUGAUAUGAUGCUUUACAACCUUCCUGGGGAGUGCCUGGGGCCAUAAGUGACGCCCGUGGAAUGGCUCCAUCUCCUUAGAGAAAAGACAGAUAUUCAAACUGUGUACCUUACUCUCUCCCGUCCGAAUGUGCCGUUACCUCUUGCCAUAAAUAGAUGAAAUGGGGACUCUGGCAAAAUCACAGGUACAAGAUGUAUUAUCAUUUCUCAUUCCUUGGGGAGAUCUAGAAGCAACUGGCUGGGAAAUAUUUAACAGAAUUAAUACUUGGGGACAAAAGCUGGUGCAUAACAAAAACCAUUGUAUAAAUCAAGCUUAGAAUGUAAAUCAAGGGCUCCCUUAAUAUUCUGUGUUUUAAUGGAAGGAACACCUGCUGGGCUAUCAAUAAAGGCAUUUUG